UGCGUAACUCUUACGAGCUCUUGAGUGUUUCUCUUUUCUGGCUGAGUCUUAAAGCUGUUACUUGUUUUUUUCUGGACGGGGUUUCAGUUGCCGACAGGGAUCUCAGCUCUGAUGGUCAUUUUGAAAAGUGAAAGCUAAUGGAAAAUCUAACAAUGGCGGUGAAUGACAGUGAGUGUGCUGUGGACUCUGAGUUCAGAUACACCCUCUUCACAGUGUUCUACAGCCUGGUCUUCAUUGUGGGGCUGGUGGCCAACUGCUACGUGCUCUGCUUAUUUACCCAUGUGUAUAAAAUGAAGAGAAUGAGCGCGAUCAAGAUCUAUAUGAUCAACUUGACUGUAGCUGACCUUCUCUUCAUUAUGACUCUACCACUGUGGAUUAUCUAUUACAACCAGCAGGGGGACUGGACCCUGCACCCGUUCCUCUGCAAACUAUCUGGCUCCCUGUUCUUCGUCAACACCUACUGCUCCAUAGCCUUCUUAGCAGUGAUCAGCUUCAACCGUUACCAGGCUGUGACCAAACCCCUGGAGACUGCUCAAUCAAGCCCGCGGAGGUGUGGGGUGAUGGUCUCAGUGGUCAUCUGGGUCAUCAUUGGAGCUAGCGCAUGCCCAUAUCUCUUCAUGGAUGGCGUGAACAAAGUCAACAACAAGACUCGUUGCUUUGAGGGCUACAAACCCGAAGACACCAACUCCAACAUAGUGGUGGCCAUUACCCAUUUACUCAUUAUUGCCUGCUUCUUCCUGGUUUUCAUCCUCAUCCUUGUGUGCAACCUGCAGAUCAUAAGGACCCUCCGGAUUCAGUCCGUGCUGCCACGAAAUCCCAAAAACGGGGACAUCAAACAGCGGGCCCUGUUUAUGGUGUGCGCUGUGCUGGGGGUGUUUAUCAUCUGCUUCGUCCCCCACCACUUGAUAGAUGGUCCCUGGACCAUGGCGGUCUUGGGACUCUGGAGGAAAGGGGAAUGUGAUCUCCUGCAGACACUCAACGAUGCCCAUCAGGUCACCCUCUGCCUGGCGGGCCUCAACUGCAUCCUCGACCCCAUCAUCUACUGCUUCGCCACCAAGAAGUUCAGGCGGCAUGUCUCAGGCAAGUUUCAGAAGAUAACGGGCAGACGAAAGAGCUCCAGGAGCAUUACUGAGACUGGCCUUGAUAUGGAGUUGUAGGUCAAUAGACCUCUCUAAACUGUGGCUCACAGACCAGACAUUAGCCUGUGAUUCAACAUGGAAUAUCGCCCAGUAUAUGAUGCACCCAGUGAGUAGACAGGUAUCAUCUUAAAACUAGUCAUGACAUUCUUUUAAUCCCGAGGGAUCCUUUUACCGAAGAUAAUUUGCUGCGUUGAGUUGGAAACAACCAAUUGGAUGUUUUAAAAAAAAAAAAAAAAAAUGACUUCAAUUUGUAACUCAGUGAAGCCUGCAUUGAAUCUUUAGCAGUGUUUUUUGUUUGUUUUUUUUUUUUUUUUUUCUCUUUUAACGUGUCAUUUCUCAAAAUGUUUGGUGCAAAAAUAUAAAAAUGAAAUGUAAAAAUGUAAAAAAAUGAAAAUGAAUUGAGUGUAAGGUCUUUUAAAUUUUUUUUUUAAUAUAUAAAUAAUAAAAAUUAGUGUUUGCACAAAAAUAUAAUUCCUUGGUGGUUUAAUACUGCUGAUGUUGUCAAUAUUGGCUUAAGGUAACGAUCUUCUUAAAUGGUAAACAACUUUAAAUGUAAUUUUUGCCCUUUUUCUACAGUGCUUGUAAUCAAUCUGUUGUUUUUUUUUCCUCUAAUUUUGAGUUCUUUUAAUUUUUCUACAAAUUUGCCUAUACCUGGCUUCAAGCUUGUCUGGAGAAUCCUAAGGGAUGGGACUGACCAGCCUUCCUCAUUCCAUUUAAACUCUGCCAGCCGCAACCCCUCCACACGGUGAAUAAACAGUCAAUUACACCCGAAUCCAACAAACACAACCAGACUGGACAGUAAAUUGCUUCAUUUACAAGUCAAGCUAAAGGAAGGCUUCUAGUAAAUAUGGAGAUGGUGUCUUACCAGAAAGAGGAAGUACAAAAUAAAUUGCUAUGGCAACUUGGAUAAGUAGCAGGGGUUUUCAAAACUUUCACAGGUCAACUUGCUUCUGAAUUAUUAUUAUUAUUAUUAUUAUUAUUUGCUGUCUUAGGAUAUGUCACGAUACAUUACAGCUUUUGAUUUCUGUUGUGUAUAAAAUGGAGCAAGUUUCAGUUGAAAAAAACCAAAAUGUUCCAUCACUAUGGCAACUGGGAAAAAUAACACUGAAGAGACCAAAACGAUGUAAACCGACCCUGUUUUAAGAUAUUUUUUUCUAUAAAGUAAUUCCUUAAAUGGACAAACAGAAGUGCAGGCCUGACCCCUGAAGCCUAACCCCAAGGCUAAAUUGUAUUUUUGUUUAUCUUUUCCAGCACAGUUAAUAUCUUUAGGAUUGUGGUUGUGGCACUGUUUCCUUUUUUGGGGUUUCAGUUCAUCAAAUUUCUUGAGUAGUAAUUUCCUGCAGAAGAACAAAUGCAGGAUGUUAAUAAAACAACACCUAGAUCCACCCAUGUUUAGGAUGGUAUUUUGUUGAUACAGUAAAACCUCACAAGGAUCAGAAAGACUAGCUCAAAAUAAACAAGGGUUAUCAAAACCUACCAAUAAACACUUUAAACACUGUG